AUGGGCUUCCACGUUCGCGAAGUCUGGAACCACAACCUCGCCGAAGAAAUUUCAGCCAUGGAAGACACACUCCGCGACUACCCAAUCGUUUCCGUCGACGCCGAAUUCCCGGGGUGCCUCCGGCCGACGCGGCGGCACGCCGGCGAGGAAGUCCGGUUCGCCGACAUGAAGCACAACGUGGACAGCACGGAUUUGAUCCAAUUGGGCGUCACACUCUCCAACGAAAAGGGCACCGUCGCCGCAAUCUGGCAAUUCAACCUGGAAUUCGACCUGGACAGAGACUUGCACGCCAAGGAAUCCAUCCGCUUCUUACAGGCCCACGGCGUCGAUUUCGCGAAGCUGAAGGUCCACGGGAUCGAGCGGAUCCAGUUCGGGGCCGCGUUCGGUGGGCUGAUCGGCCGACGGAGCAGGCCGCUCACUUGGGUCACGUUCCACGGGCUGUACGACCUGGCCCAUAUCGUCAAAGUCGUGGGCCGCAGGCCCAUUCCGGACACCGCCGCGGAUUUCGGGGAGAUGUUGGGGAAAGGGUUCGACGCGGUGGUGGACGUGAAGUAUGCGGCGAGGUAUUUGGCCGGCGGCGGCGAGGUCGGUUUGCAGAGGCUCGCCGACGAGCUGGGGGUGAAGCGGCGCGGGGAGGCGCACACCGCCGGGUCGGAUAGUCUGCUGACGGCGCUCGUUUACUCGAAGCUGAAGAAGAAGGUGAAGCACGUCGUCGGGCAGGAUUGUUAUGUUGAUUUUCUCUAUGGAAUUGGCGGCAGAAUUCCGAGGCAGAGUCGUCGGCAGGGAGUUGUUCAGCCGCCGUCGGCGGUGGUGGUGGGUUGCGGUCAUCCUGUGUAUCAUGUGGCGGUUCCAGUGCCGGUGAAUGUAGUUCCGGUGACGUACCCACAUCCUGACUGUUAUUAUUAUCAUCAUCGUGACCACCGUAAUGAUGAUACUCGCCUCUCCGCUUCGUGUUAUGGUGGCGGGAGUUAUCUUGCGGCUGUUUGA